UCAGCGUGCAAUGGCGUCCCCUGUCAAGUUUUCUCACUCGCGGACUCUGUUUUUGAAUGAGGAUGGCCGUUCUAUGCGUUUUUAUGUGAGGCCGGGGCCGGUGAAACGGGAACUGUCACCGUUAAUAUCUCACGGGGGUGGCAUUUUAUGCAGACUGCAGGAACCUGGGGUGCUGCUCCUUGCUGAGCCGGGGGAGGUCCGGGGACCACAGUAUGUGUCAUGCCAGUUUGUGAGGGACUGUGUGAGCUACAACGAGAGGCUGGAAACCGAGGACUACCGGCUGCUGGAGGCACGGGGCCGACUUACUUCUAAGGAGAGCAACCAGGGGGUGACCGUGAAUACGGCUUGUGUAGGUAUAGCAAUGCCAACUGAGGGGGCGGAUAGUGAGAGGAGCGGGGAAGGGGAGAAACACUGGGUAGAGAUAGCAGGAGAACAGCACAACGGAGGAGAAUAUCCAGGGUCUGAGAGAGAGGGAGUACGGGACCAUGAGUUGGAAAAUCAAAUGGAGGAGGGGCAGGCUGGCCAAUGGGAUACGAAUGGUAAGAAUCAAGGUAGCAGGAAAGAAGAGAACUCUGUUAGGAAACCGACACAUGAGGAUGAGAAUCAGACAGAUGAGGGGAUAAAGGAGAGUGAGAAUAAAGUUGGCCAGGGGAUACAUGAGAAGGAGAAUCAGACAGAUGAGGGGAUAAAGGAGAGUGAGAAUCAAGCUGACCAGGGGAUACAUGAGAAGGAGAAUCAGACAGAUGAGGGGAUAAAGGAGAGUGAGAAUCAAGCUGACCAGGGGAUACAUGAGGAUGAGAAUCAGACAGAUCAGGGCAUAAAGGAGGCUGAGAACCAGGCUGGUCAGGGUAUACAUGAGGAGAAUGAGAAUCAGACAGAUGAGGGUAUUAAGGAGGGUGAGAAUCAGGCUGGCCUGGGUAUACAUGAUGAAGAUAAUCCAACAGAUGAGGGGAUAAAAGAGGGAGACAAACAAGCGGGUCAGGGGAAACAUGAGGAGGAGAAUCAGACCAAAAAGGUUAUAAAAGGAGGAGAGAAUGCGACUGUUCAGGAAAUUACAGAGGGAGAUAGUCAGGCUGGCCAAGAGAUAACUGAGAAUUGGGCAGAUCAGGAGGUAGCCGUAGAGCAACAGAUUAGUCAGGAAAUAAAGAAGGGGAAAACUGAGUCAAGUCAGGAGGUGGAGGAAGACAAGCAGAUAAGUCCAGACAAUAUGAUCAAAAAGCAGCUGGUUGUUCAGUGUGAGAAGAUCAGAGAGAAACAGACUAGGCAGGAAAAAGACAUGCUGGUAGAUCAAAGUGAAGGUUUGGGAAAAGAGCCAGAAGAGAAGAACCAAAGAAGGGGGCACAUUAUGAAGCAAAAAGGGAAAGUGGGGAAGCAGUUGUUAGAGGAGGAUCUGACAUUGGCAGAUAGGACAGGAGCCUUUACUGCAAACAAAGAGAGUAGCACCUCUACACCAAGUCCAAGAACCGCUGUGAUUAACAACGACAAGAGAAGACUAUUCACAAGGGAGGAGGAUGUGACCAUCCUCACAUAUGUGCGGGAUUAUUCACAAAUAUACGGUUCAGUGUCUGGUAUCCGAUUGUGGAAGAAGUUGGAGAAGACAAAGUUAUUGAAGAGAAGCUGGCAAGCUAUGAAGGAACGGUAUAGGAAACACCUUGUCAAGUGCAAGAAAAGCUACAUAUUACCUCCUCGUCCAACAAACCAAGGGAAGGUGAAAAAUGCAGACUUAAACCACAAGGAAUCUGACGACACUCAUGAGGAUGCCGAGGACCUGCAGAUAUUCGAGAUUGCAAACAUGGAAUUCGAGGUUGAUAACACACCCGAGCCGGCUGUAUCUCUAAAGGAUUUUGUUAUGGGAGAGGAUUCUGCCUUUCCUGAAAGCCAGACACAAGUGGAUGAGGUAUCUUCAAGCCCUGAGCUUUCAGAAAUGGACGGUCUGCAGGAGUGCCUACAUAGUAUGAUGGCAGAGUUCAACCUUAGCCUGUGCCAGGUCACCCAAGCGCUGCUGAAGAACAACGGGGAAGUGGGAUCCACCAGACACUUCUUAAGAACAGGAUCCCGUCCGGAUGGCUAUCCCAUAUGGGUGCGAAAAGAUGACUUGGACUUGCAGAAUGAUGAUGCCAGUAUCCAAGAGACACUGAUAAAAAAAUAUGGCGCUGACAAUGUUACUAAACGGGUUGCAUUCCUGGCUAGUUAGAAACUCUGUUAAAAAAAAAAAGAGAAAAGAAAAAUCGCCACCUAACUUUCUGAAUGGAAUCAAAUCUUUUCAUACUAGUAAAUCCGUAUCGGAUAAAAUUACACUCUAACAAGGCACAAAUAAAUGUUUUUUUUUUUUUAAAAAAAGUGCCUAAAAUAGAUUAACUGCUAAAUAGAAGUUUUUCAUGAUGUGUAUAUAGUUUGUUUUUCCCCCCACAGUCAUGUGUUAUUACUUUUUUGUAUGGUUUGAUAAACCUGUCCCAUGUUUUAUGAAUUAUACCUUUUUGGGUUUUUUCUGUCUUAUUUUCAAGGGAAAUAAAACACACUGAGAUUUGUUA